UGCUAAGAGAGAUCAAGACGCGUCGGAGUGAAGCAGCCUGGGAAGUGUAACGUUUUCGACAAACAAAAAUGAAGCGUGUUUUCACGCUGUCAGAAAAGUCCUGGUCUGGAUCAUGUUUGCAAUACAAAUGGCAGAAAACAGUAGGAAACUAUCUUGCAGUUUCAGGCCCUGACAAUUUAGUAAAAAUCUUUGAUCGGCAUGGACAGAAGGUGAAUGAGUUAAAUCUCCCUGGGAAUUGUGUAUCUCUCGACUGGGAUAAAGAUGGCGAUAUCUUGGCUGUGAUUGCUGAAAAGUCCAGUUCCAUUUACUUGUGGGAUGCAAAUGUUAACAAAACCUCACAGCUGGACAGUGGCAUGAAAGAUCAGAUGUCUUUUCUGCUCUGGUCCAAAACUGGGCCACUGUUGGCUGUUGGCACAUCUAAAGGAAACCUGCUCAUCUACAACCAGCAAACCUCACGCAAGAUUCCGGUUCUGGGUAAGCACACAAAGAAAAUCACAUGUGGCUGUUGGAGCUCUCAGAACCUCCUGGCGUUGGGCAGUGAAGACCGCAGCAUAACCAUCAGCAACCACGAGGGAGACACCAUUCGGCAGACCUCUGUGAGAGCAGAUCCAGCAGAUGUUCAGUUCUCAGUGAUGAAAACAGAUGAGAGAUCAUCUCCAGGAGAAAGCACUGUGAGUGUGGCUUUGGGGAAGAAGACCCUGUUUCUGUUUAAUCUGAAUGACCCCGAUAACCCCAUAGAACUGGCAUUUCAGCAGCGUUACGGCAACAUCAUCUCCUACCGCUGGUAUGGGGAUGGCUAUAUCAUGAUUGGAUUUUCACAUGGCUACUUUGUGGUCAUUUCCACACACAUCCGUGAGAUUGGCCAAGAGUUGUUUCAAGCCCACAAUCAUAAAGACAGCCUGACUAGCAUCGCCAUCUCACAGUCCCUAAACAAGGCUGCGUCCUGUGGGGACAACUGUAUUAAGAUACAUGACUUGACUGAUCUGAAGGAAAUGUACGCCAUAGUCACUCUGGAUGAGGAGACCAAAGGACUUGAUCAGAUGUGUUGGACUGAUGACGGGCAGCUGCUAGCUGUAUCUUCUCAGCAGGGAUCUUUGCACGUCUUCCUCACCAAGCUGCCCAUAUUGGGAGACAGCAGUGGCACUAGAAUCGCCUAUCUUACAUCCCUGUUGGAGGUUACAGUCGACAACCAGGUGGAAGGGGAGUCCCCCGUUGCUAUUGCAGUGGAGGUGGAGCCUAGUUUCAUAGCUGUGGGACCAUAUCAUGUUGCUGUAGGCAUGAAUAACAGAGCAUGGUUUUAUGCAUUAGGAGACAGUGGUGUGGAGCGUGUAAAAGACACGGAGUAUUUAGGGACAGUGGCCAGUAUGUGUCUGAACUGUGACUAUGCUGCUGCCUUGUUUGAGGGGAAAGUCCAGUUGCAUGUGAUUGAUGGAGAUGAGCAGGUUGUUCAGGAGGACAGACAGACGAAACUGUUCCCAGAACCCGAUCAGAAAUACCGCAUACUCAGUCAUGCUCUCACCUCUGAGUUUCUGUAUUAUGGGACGGACACCGGCUUGAUUCAGUGUUUUUAUUUUGAAGACUGGCAAAGUGUGAAUGAGUAUCGCCACACAGUGGGUGUACGCAAAGUCUUUCCAGACCCCAAUGGAACACGUCUUGUUUUUAUUGAUGAAAAAAGUGACAGCUUCCUAUACUGCCCGGUGAAUGAUUCCGUGUUUGAGAUCCCAGACUUCUCUCCUGCCAUUAAAGGGGUAUUGUGGGAAAACUGGUUCAGCAAUAAGGGCGUGUUUGUGGCGUAUGAGGAGGACAAAGCUUACACGUAUGCCUUCCACAAAGACACCAUACAGGGUUCUAAAGUGAUUCUAGUUGGUGCCACCAAGUUGCCAUUUUCCCAUAAGCCCUUGCUGUUGCAUAACGGGGAGCUGACAUGUCAGACCCAGAGUGGGAAGAUUAAUAGUGUGGUUCUGAACACGCAUUCAUUCCUCAACAACCCACACAGUGACACCAGUAAAGACAAACUCCAGUCGUUACUGCAACAGGCUAUUAUGCUCAAAAGGUUUUCUGAUGCGUGGAAUAUCUGUAAAGCUUUGAACAGAACCGAGGCGUGGGGUGAGCUGGGCAGGGCAUGUCUGCAUCACAUGGAGGUUGAACUGGCCAUCAGAGUAUACCGCAUGAUGGGAAACGUCGGCAUGGUCAUGUCCCUAGAGGACAUCAAGGGAAUUGAAGAUCAAAAUUUGCUGGCUGGUCAUUUGGCCAUGUUCUGCAAUGACUACAACCGAGCCCAGGACUUGUAUCUGACUUCUUCUUAUCCUAUGGCAGCUUUGGAGAUGAGAAGGGACCUGCAGCAUUGGGACAGUGCGUUACAGCUGGCUAAAAGACUGGACCCUGAUGAGAUCCCAUUUAUUUCUAAAGAAUAUGCCAUACAGCUGGAAUUUGUUGGAGAUUAUACAAAUGCACUGGCUCACUACGAGAAAGGCAUAACAGGAAACAACAAGUUCCAGGAUCAUGAUGAGAGCUGUCUGGCAGGAGUGGCUCGUAUGUCUAUUCGUAUGGGUGACAUUCGUAGAGGAGCCAACCAGGCCAUCAAACACCCCAGCAGAGCUCUGAAGAAAGACUGUGGAGCCAUUCUGGAAAGCAUGAAGCAAUAUUCAGAAGCGGCUCAGCUGUAUGAGAAAGGCCAGUACUAUGACAAAGCUGCCUCAGUCUACAUACGCUGCAAAAACUGGGCAAAGGUGGGCGAGCUCUUGCCCCAUGUGACUUCCCCAAAGAUUCACCUGCAGUACGCUAAGGCAAAGGAGGCGGAUGGCAAAUAUAAAGAGGCAGCAAUGGCCUAUGAAAGCGCACGAGACUGGGACAACGUCAUUCGAAUCCUACUGGAGCAUCUUAACAGCCCUGAGGAGGCUGUCCGCAUCGUACGAGAAACUCAGUCCAUCGAAGGAGCCAAAAUGGUGGCCAGGUUUUUCCUGCGUUUGAGUGAUUACGGCUCAGCGAUCCAGUUCCUGGUUUUGUCACGUUGCAGCGAUGAAGCUUUUCAGCUUGCCCAGCAGCACGGGCAGAUGGAGAUCUACGCUGACAUCAUCGGUUCGGAGGCUACAAUAGAGGACUAUCAGAGCAUAGCGCUGUAUUUUGAGGGGGAGAAGAAUCAUCUUCAUGCUGGGAAGUUCUUUCAGAAGUGUGGACAGUACAGCAGGGCGCUGAAGCACUUUUUGAAAUGUCCUAGCUCUGAUGACAGUUUGGCUAUAGAGAUGGCCAUUGAGACAGUAGGGGAAGCAAAGGAUGAAGCUCUAACCAAUCAGCUUAUUGAUUAUCUGAUGGGGGAAAGUGACGGAAUGCCAAAGUCUCUUGCCGAUGCAAAAUAUCUGUUCCGGUUGUACAUGGCUCUCAAACAGUACAGAGAGGCAGCGAGAACUGCUAUUAUUAUCGCCAGAGAGGAGCAAUCUGCAGGAAACUACAGGAAUGCCCAUGAUGUUUUGUUCAGCAUGUACGCUGAGCUUCAGACACAGCACAUUAAGAUCCCAGCAGAGAUGGCCACAAACCUGAUGAUCCUGCACAGCUACAUACUAGUGAAGAUCCAUGUCAAAAGAGGAGAUCAUUUAAAGGGGGCCCGAAUGCUUAUCCGUGUGUCCAACAACAUCAGCAGAUUCCCAUCCCACAUUGUCCCCAUCCUCACAUCAGCGGUUAUUGAAUGUCAUCGUGCUGGACUAAAGAACUCUGCCUUCAGCUUUGCCUCUAUGCUGAUGAGACCAGAAUAUCGUAACAAGAUUGAUCUCAAAUACAAGAAGAAAAUCGAGGCCAUGGUCCGUCGUCCAGAUACUUCUGAGGUGGAGGAGGAGAGCUCACCCUGUCCCUACUGCGGCUUCAGCCUGCCUGACUGUGAGCUGCUCUGUCCCGGCUGCAAAAACAAUCUGCCCUACUGUAUCGCCACAGGUCGUCACAUGGUCAAGGAGGAUUGGUGUGUCUGCCCACACUGUGAUUUCCCCGCUCUCAUUUCGCAGUUCACCCAGCUCUUAGAGGCCGAGUCGGUUUGCCCCAUGUGCUCUGAGCCUUUAAAUGUCAGUGAGGUGAAAAAAGUUUCGGACUGCUCCAGAUAUCUGCAGCAGGACCAACUGGAGCGCUGAGAUCCAGAGAUCAAGAAAGGAGAAAUGAAAGGAUUUUUCCUGUUUACAGAAUUUUGAGAAGCCAGGACUGA